AGGUGCUGGCAGCGUUUUUCAAUGACAUCACACCCAAGUGCAAAUUUCCAAUAUGGCGUCCAGCCGGGUGCUGGGGAGGGAGGUCCAGGAGGAGCCGAGGCGCUAUGCGACCGCAAACCCUGACUUCAGCCUCCACAAAUACUCCCUGCUCAUCAUUAUCGGGCGGACUGCUCAUCACAGACAGAACGGACACAUCAGCAAGGAGAUUGAACGAGGUAUUCGGUCAUGGGAUGUCGACUUGAAAUCCUGUAAUCUGAAUCGUCAUCUCCAAGAAUUCUUGUCCCAUCAUACGGCGUCGUUCAAGGUUGCAGGGCAGAAGUGUCUGCGCCACAGCAGCAGAGUGUUGGACACUCAGGUGCUAAUCAGUCCAUCUCAAGAACAGGUUCAGUCAGAGGUGUUUGCUCUCCUGUCGAGGGAAUCGGCCCAUAAGCUGUUGAUCUUGGCCGGUCAAAGUGUGGAAGAGAGUGGAGAGCUGCUGCUUCACAGAGGACUGUUCUCACCCCAGCAACUGAAGCAAAUAUUAAUAGAGCAGUUCAUAGAGCAAGGGAGUUCUGCCUCCUCCUCCAAACCCAGUCUGACCCUCAGCUGUCCCAACAUUGGCCAGUGGAGAAAGACUCUCUUGGGGAACCAGCCUCUGCAAGGACCUUUCACACUCUACAUCAAUCCCCCAGAGGAGCUGCCUGCCAUGGAGGCCCUGGGGGAAUUCACCUCCCUCAUCUCUGGUACCCUUUGUCCCCCAUCCCCCUUUGACCUCCUGCCUCCUCCUACCACUGUCGGUUUCCUCAAGCUGUCCCGCCCCUGCUGCUACGUGUUCCCUGCCGGCCGUGGUGACUGUGCCUUCUUUGCUGUUAACGGGUUCACAGUGCUGAUGGACGGCGGCUCGGACCCUCAGGCCUGUUUCUGGAAGCUGGUCCGCCACCUUGAUCGUGUUGAUGCGGUUUUGUUGACGCACAUUGGGACAGAGAACCUGCCUGGGGUCAACACCUUCCUGGAGAGGAAGGUGGCUGAGCAGGAGUUGAGCUCCAAUGUCAAAGAUGAUUUGUCUAGGAGGCUCAUCUCCCCAGAGCUUGGAGUUGUGUUUUUUAAUGCUCCCAGCAGGUUGCAGGUGGAACAACAGCCUUGUGUGGACAAUGUCCUGAAGAGUACACACCAGGCAGCCCUAACCCUAAAGCUAUUAAAGAAGUUAGACAUCAGACCACAGCCAAUGUUUCAACCGCAAGGAGUCCCCAUUGAGCCACUAACCCUGUUCCAGAAGAUGGGGGUGGGACAGCUGGAUUUAUACAUCCUCAAUCCUGGCAAAAACAGCCAGGAGUACCAGACAUUCAUGCAAAACUGGCCUGAUGCAGCACCAUCAGCAUCCAUAUCACAAACUGUCCCUCUCACUGCCCUGGCCUCAGUGUCUGCCUUGCUUGUGUGGCAUCCUGCGUGCCCUCAGGAGAAGGUGGUCAGGGUCCUGUUCUCUGGUGUUACCCCACAGACAAAGCUGUUGCAGGGGCUAGAGAAGCUGAAGGACCUGGCCUUCCUCCAGAAACCCACAGUGACCACCGGGGACCUGGAAAGGCUGGGGGAGGACAGAAAGGCCAAGAGGACAGAGAGCCAGGAAAGUGGCAGGUCACAAGGGAAGGAAACAACACCCAAACAUGGGAAAGAAAAGGGGGUUAAAGAAGAUGGUAGGGAGAUAUCAGUGAAAGAAAAAAGAAAAGCAUCAAAUGGAAUUGCUGCAAGAGAUGCUGAUAAAACCAAAACCAAAGAGGUGGGUGCAAAGCAAAAAGUAUCAGAGAAGACUACUUCAAAGAAAGGAGGGAAGAAUGGGAAAAAGGAGGAGAAGACUGGCAAUAAGGAGGAGAAUGGUAUUAUGAAGAAUGGUCAAAUGAAAAAGAAUAAUCCUCCUUCCAAACCAAAGAAUGAAAAUAAAACUAAGCUAAAAAAGGAAGCAAAAAAUGACUCUAAGACAGGGGUGAAGAAAAUCAGAAAGGCAUCAGGAAAGGAGGCAAAUGAUGACAAGAAGGCCCAUGUCAACACUGAAAUGCCAAAUAACUCAAGAAAACCUGAUGCUGGGGGUGUUGUAGAAGUCCCAGAGCCACAGUGCCCUGCUACAGAGCAGCAGAAGCACAAACUGGAGAAAAAGCCUGAAGAGAACCCCAGUUGCUCCAAAGCAUCGACCCCUGAGGAUAUGACAGCUGAUUUUCUCAGGCUGCGGAAGGAAACUGAACGAGAAGAAGUACAGAUGGAAACAGCUGAUACAGGAAAGCAGAAAAGUAAUGAGUCGGGAAAUGAAAAGAGCCUUGGAGGUCUGAGAAAAGAGGCAGGUAAUGAAUCUGUUGAUACACCAGGCGAACAAGCAGCAGGUGGCACAGGGAUAAUGGGAGGGGAGAGAGGUUAUAAUGAAGGGAGAGAGAAGUCUGAGACUGGUGAGAAAGCUUGUGUAGAUUUGCAGAAAGGGUCUGUAGACCUGCCUGAAAACGCUACCAAACCAGCAAAGGUUAUGGGAUUUCCAUCUCCCUUGAAUACAGCCCCAAAGAAAGAGCGCACAGUCCAGCUAGACCUAACCCCAACUGAGUACACCCUCCUAGAUGGGGCUUUGAAGUACAGCCCUCCCUCGCGAUCCUCUCCAGAGAACCAGGCACAUGUCAGCCCAGAUGAGCAGACUGUAGAGCCGGCGUCACCUGACUCACGGCCCAACAGUGCAGGCCACACUCCUUACUGUUUGUCCCCAGAUGAUGUGUGGUGCAAAAAGUCCACUCUUAGUAGGCUACAGGCCCAAAUGGGUAACCUAGAGUCCACUGAACCCAACAAGUCAAAUGGUUCAUCCAGACAAAGUGAGAGUCAACUGUGCCAGCCAAAAAGCACACCAGAGAUCCACACAAACCCCAGAGAGAAGUAUCCGAUCUUCCUUUCUUUGGGUACAUUUAAAGAUGCACCUUCAGACCCCUCUCCCUCUGUGGCCACCACCACUACACAUUCAAUGCCAGCAGAGGUGAGCUCACCUCAGUCCACAGAGGUAGAUGAAUCACUGUCCAUGUCCUUCGAGCAGGGGCCAACCACUGUGAGCCAGAGAGAGGGGACUGACAGUGUUCAUCCCUCCCAUUCCAAUGGAGGCCAUUUUGUGGGGAUGUCUUUAUCAAUCAAAAAACCUCCAAGAUCUUCAGAGAUGGGGCGACCUCCAGCUCCUAGCAUGCUUCAUUUAGAGAUGUCACCUAAUGAUGUGGAUCUUUGUCUGGUUUCUCCUUGUGAGUUCAAGCAUUUCAAACCUCCUGAUUCCAGCUCAGGUGCCAGUGAACCCUCCAAAGGCACUUUUGCUCCACAUCAUAAUGGCAGCAACAAUAACAACCCCAAGGACACGUCACCUAGUGAAUUAAAUGCCCCUGUCUGUAUGGAAGACUGCCCGUCCACCACAGCUGAUGGAGCUCUAGACUCCGAUGAGGAUGAGUCGUGUAGCGAGCCAUCUAACACCUCUCACAACCUUCACACAUGCCAGGCCCUGCCCCCGGACCCUCUUCCAGCCCCCCGCAAGGACAGUCCACCGCUGCCCUCACAUCCUGGCACCUCCAUGCCUGUUCCUCAGUCUGACUCAGGUGCACAGGGGAAGAGAGCAAAAGCCAGCAACAUGCAAGGGAAAAAACCACCAGGGAUUAUUGAGGGCUCCCAAAAAUCAGGCUCAGGGAAGAACAGGUCCGGGAGCCAAAGUGGAGUCAAAAAAGGGAACGUCUCUUCUACACUUACACAUUCCUCCACCACCCAGUCAGCAGCAGCUAAAUCCCCGCCCAAUACAGGCCCUAAGUCUACCUCUGUAGAUGAAGUCAGUGUGUACCUGGAUUUGGCCUAUAUUCCCUCUGGAGCCUCCUCCCAAUCAGUCAAUGUGGACUUCUUCAGGUGUGUUCGUUCCUCCUGCUACAUCAUCAGUGGCGACAGUCCAGAGCGGGAGGAACUUAUGAGGCAUACACUGGACGCUCUGCUGGACGGAAAGAUAUCCUGGCCUGAAACUAUGCAGGUGACAGUGAUCCCUACAUUUGAUUCUGUGAUGAUGCAGGAGUGGUAUCAGCAGACACUGGACAGGCAGAGGGAGCUGGGCAUCACUGUCCUGGGAUCCAACAGCACUGUAGCCAUGCAGGAUGAAACCUUUCCUGCCUGCAAGAUAGAGUUCUGAGUAAUGCUGUGAGAUGCAGCAGUGGAGGGUGAAUAUGAUUUAAAGGAUGGAAAUGUGUGUGUGAGAAAGAAAGACUGGAAGGAAUGUGCGGCAAGAAUAAAAGUAAAACAACUGAAUAGGUAAUAACUUGGGAUGUUCCCUUCUUUUUCGUCAUCCGAGGAGAACAUGCAACUCUUUGGGGAGUACUGCAUGAUUUUUUUGGAUCCGUGACCCUGUGCAAAACAGGCGAUGAGAGCCAACUGGCUGCAAGACAAGCAUACUGGGCUGCAGACAUGUAGAUCCACAAGAAAGCUGAUGUUGCAGAUCAGUCAAAAUCACAUUAAGCUGUGUGUAUAGCUGCCUGGGCUAUGUUUCUGGGUCUAUUGUGCUGCUUUAACUGUAACAUUCAGCAGUCCAACCGAGGGUAAUUAAAGGAUAAUUCAGCUAAUCACUCAGCUCAAGGUACCCUGUGCUGUACCUUCCUUAAAAAGUAUUGUGCAAAGCAACGGAAUGAUCACGUCUAUGCUGCUAGUGAAUGAUAAUUGCGUGCUAAGUUUGAGAUUCCUGAUUCUGAGCGUGCACAUAUGAAUGUAAUCCAUUCCAGUGCUUUUGUAGAAUUAUGCACUGAGUAGUUGUCUAACUAAAAACAAACCCCAUUAAAAGUCAUGUAUUUUGAUUGUGGAUAUGAUGGAUAUAAUCAUAUGGUAUAUUGUAGACAAAUGUGGUUAUUAUCACAGUGGGUGGUAAUGGGAGCUUUCCAAGCUGCAGCUUGUAAAUAAGAAUAAAUAAAGAAUCUGAUUCUAUUUAUAUGUGGACAUAAAGUAAUCCUGAAAGUCAUCCAGAACGACUAUGCUGUAAUUAGAUGAACUACAGUAAACACUAUUUUACAACUCCAUAAUUUCUUAUCCUGAAUAAACUAUUGGUUUAUUUUAUUUGGUACUAUAAGGAAAAUAGGCCUCUUAGGAAAAUACAGCCCUGCGAAAUAAAAUGUUACCUUGUACACUUUAAAAUUCAAAUGUGUAAUUGGAUUACAUUUUAACCUCUCCAGACCUGUCUGUACAUUGUUUUCCUUCUUAUGGCCUUUCAUACCAGGCUGGAUAUUCAAAAAUGAAUGUCAUAUGUUGAGAUGUGUAAGACUUAAACUAUGAUUAUCUGUGUUGCUGUUUUGCUUUUAAAUGGAUUAGUUCAAGCAAAUGUGAAUGUGGUGUAUGGUUUCCUCAGUACCAAAGCAUGAGAUUAAACAAAACACAACAUAACUAAUUUCCUCUCCAUCUGAAUGCUGCCUCCAAAAUAAAAAGAAAAUUCAAUAUCUCUAAAUGAUCUGAAAGACAUUUUGUAAUUAUAUAAAUUCACUGUUAAACUUGUAUCAUGAAUGCAUUUUUUUUAUUUUAAUGCAAUCAAUGUUUUAAAUCAAUUACUCACAAUGGUGUAAAAAUCUAAAUUUUCACAAACCAAAUUCAUUACAAACCUGAUAGGUUAAAUCAUUUAGGGGGAUGGGAGGUUGAACUAGGUCUGUAUGGGCAACAAACUGAACAAGACUGUAGCCAAGUGAACUGUUACUAUGUGUAUGUGUCCUGCAUGUAUCAAAUGUGCACUGUGUUGUUCCACUCAUGAUAUUUAUGGAGGCAGAGCAAAGCACCGAGGGUGAGCGGAGACAGAGCGUGGGGAUGUACUGUAUGCAUUGCCGGGCCUGGAGUAACGUAUGAAUAAAGAAUGUCCAUCACCA